AUGCAGUCGCGUGCGCAGAAUGUUGGCAUCAAAGCCGUGGAAUUGUACUUCCCAAACCAAUGCGUUGAUCAGACUGAUCUUGAAAGGUUCUUGGGCGUCGCCCCGGGAAAGUUCACGAUCGGCUUAGGGCAGACGCAAAUGGCAUUUUGCGACGACCGUGAAGAUACAUACUCUAUCGCGCUUACGGCAGUCUCGUCUCUGCUUCGGAAAUACAAUGUUGACCCCAAGUCCAUUGGACGGCUUGAAGUUGGCACCGAAUCGCCGCUCGACAAAUCCAAGUCUUGCAAGACGGUGCUCAUGCAGCUCUUUGAGCCGCAUGGCAACACGAACAUCGAAGGCUGCGAUACUUUCAACGCCUGUUAUGGCGGUACGAAUGCCCUAUUCAACGCGGUGAACUGGAUUGAGUCAUCGGCCUGGGAUGGGCGGGACGCGAUCGUUGUAGCUGGAGACAUCGCGUUGUACAACCAGCCAGCGGCAAGGCCGACGGGAGGAGCUGGAUGCGUGGCCAUGCUGGUUGGCCCGAAUGCGCCCUUAGUGUUUGAUGCCGGGUUGCGAGGAUCCUGCUUCAGGCAUACCUACGACUUCUACAAGGCCGAUUUCAAGUCCGAGUAUCCCUUGAUCGAUGGCCAAUACUCCAUCGAAUGCUACACCCAAGCAGUGGAUGCCUGCUACAAAAACUACAACGACCGGAAGGAAGCCCUAAGGACGUUGCUGAACGGCUCGUGGAAGGAGUCUGGGCUGGCUAGCGGCAACUCCGACCUGCCACUCGGCUUCUUCGACUACAUGGUCUUCCACGCCCCGACCUGUAAGCUCGUGGAGAAAUCCUUCGCACGCAUGCUGUACAAUGACUUCGUUCAGAACCCCGACCACCCACAAUUCGCCUCGGUCGCCCCGGAGCUGAGGAACUUGAGUGCCGAAGAAAGCGUGACCAACAAGGCGGCUGAGAAGACAUUCAUGGCGCUCGCGAAGAAGCGUUUCACCGAGCGCGUCCAGCCCGGCCUUACGGUACCUACCAUGUGCGGCAACACCUACACCGCAAGCGUCUAUGGCAGCCUCGUCAGUUUGAUAGCAAACUUGGGCAGCGAGAAGCUUCAGGGCAAGCGCGUUGGUCUCUUCAGCUACGGCAGCGGCCUUGCUAGCUCUCUGUUCAGCUUGACUGUGCGUGGCGACAUCUCUGACAUGGCCCGAAAUGUCGAUCUGCUGUCCAGGCUGCAGAAAAGGCAUGUCCUGUCCCCAGAGACGUACGACGAGGCCUGCAAAAUCCGAGAGAAGGCAUAUCAGAAGAACAACUAUACGCCGGUUUCGGAUCUCACCAGGCUUCUUCCCGGAACUUACUAUCUGGCUGGUGUCGACGGCAUGUUUCGUCGGACGUAUGAAGUCAAAGGAUAG